UUCGAGGGUGAGCAAAGCAUUCUACAGCAUUGCAUGGAAAGCCAUGGUGGUCUAUCAACGGAAAAUGUAGAAAGAUUGGCACGAUUCACACAAUGGUCGGCCACGUAUGAGGAAGUACCUUGUUUUACUCAAUGCUAUAUUGGUGAGAUUGGCAUCUAUGAUGCAGAGCUGGGCUUCAAUGAAGAGGCGACUGUUAGGCAUUUUGGACGUCCCCUCUACAAUGCCUGCCGGGAGAGAUUAGCAUCCAACAGGGGACAUUUUGAGAGCAGCUGUGAUCAUGCCUAUGCCGGCUUUCACUGCAUUGCCAGUAUGGAGAACGAUCCAUUCAUUCAGAUCGAGAAACUGCCAAAUGUAACAGAAACAGCCAAAAGAGUCAUGAAGGAAUGCCUGCUGCAGAUCGAAGAAUCCGAACGUCAUCGCAUCAAUGACUAUCAGAAGUUUUCAGUUGUCGAACCCAUUCCUUGUUAUACACGCUGCUUCAUUUCGAAGCUGAGAUUAUUUGAUGAGAAGACGCGUCGUUGGCAAUUGGCAGCAAUGCGACGCGAACUUGGCGUCCCUCUGCAGGGAGCUCAUGUAAAUGGAUGUAACCAACGUCGGGGCAGAAAUCCCUGUAGCACCACCUAUCAGCAGUUUACCUGUUACGUCAUGGCCAACUAGAAAUUAGAAGUGAGAUAUUUUUCA